UCCAAGCAGAGCAGUCGACACUAAGCGUUCCAGACACAUCCCCUCCAUACGCAACCACCAGCACAGGCAUUCUCUCCUGUGACAACCUCUUUGCACGGCAUUACAGCUACCGAUCCCGUGUGUGAUCGAGUGGUUGGCUGGCGACUUGCUUGACCUGCGUGUUGGGCUUUGAGCUUCCAUUGGAAGGUCCGUCGAAGGCGUUCGAAGUUUCUCAUUCGCUUCCAUCGAAGGAAUAGAAGGUUGCUCGUUGACAAAAAGACUCGCUUGGUGACCGACUCCAUCUUUUUGCACCAAAGGCUCGAACAGAUACAUACCUGUAUCUUGGCUGUUGUGACCAUCGUCAUCGUCCUCCUCCCUCCUCCUUCUCAUCCUUAACCUACACACCCUUUGCCCUCCUCGUUAGCGCGCAAGGAAAUCCAUUUGAUGCCCAAAGGUGUGACAACAACAACAACGACAAUCUUUACCACCGCUGAGACGUUCGUGAAUCGGCUCAAAACCACUUGCACCAAGACAUAGCCUCUAGCUGCUUCUGCAUCGACCGCUCUGCCCACUAUGGCUCUUGCUGCCGGUGGCCUGGCCGAUGCUGACCUCCUCCCGCCGUUUCUCCGCUCUCUGCGGACCAUCGUCGAUACCGAGACCGAUGCGGUCGUAUGGCGCGCCGACGGCGCCCAUUUCACCAUCCUCGACCCGCCGGCCUUUGCCGCCAACGUCCUGCCGCGACACUUUAACCAUGCCAAGUUCAAGUCGUUUGUCCGCCAGCUCAACAACUUUCGUUCUCCAAGGUUGCCGGCCCGGCCAACGCCUUGGGCCCCUGCACCUUUGCUCACGACUACUUUCUCCGCGAGCCCCCGAGCUCAUCCAUCGCAUCAAGCGCAAGCCGCAGAAGCGUCGCCGCGGCCAGCUGACCCGCGCCGCUCGCAUCGCCGCCACCGGCAACCCGCCUGCAACCUCGGAUGCCGCUCGCGUCACUGACCUGCGCGUUGAGGUCGAGUCGCUCAAGCGUACCCGCGACGAGUACGAGCACGCCAUCGACUCGAUGGCCAUGCGCCAGGCCGACAUGGAGCGCCGCGUCGCCGACCUCGACGCCACUGCCGAGGCUCUUCGCGACCAGGUUGAUGCCGCGCGCAACCAGCAUGCCGCCCUCGCCGCCGCUAUCGACAACCUUCGCGCCGUCCUCCCGCCGGGCUUUACCGCCGCCAUGGCCCCGCAGGCCUCGGUCCCAGUCGCCCCUGCGCCCAUGGACCUCGCCGCGCCGCAGCAGCCCAUUGCCACCCGCCUCCACAACGAGACCCUCGAUCUGAUCUUUGGCACUAUCGUCUCGCCGACCCUCUCCACCGACUCGGACGGCCCUUUCCCGCCGGUCUCGCUCCGCCCGGGCCUCUCCGCCACGCCUCCCCUGCCCGUUGAUGACCGCCACGACUACACCCGCCCGCUCAAGCGCGCUCGUCCGCUCGCCCCGAUCGAUGCCCCCAAGGAUCAUCACGCCCACGACCCAUUCUGGACUCACGCCGGCGCUCUCCUCACCCCGACCUGGGCCUCGCGCACAUGACCCCCCC